AUGAUUGCCAUAGGGUUAGAGGGAAGUGCUAAUAAGAUCGGCAUUGGAGUUAUAUCCCAUCCAGGGCCGAAUAAACCACCGGUUAUCCUCUCGAACUUACGACACACAUACAUUUCCCCGCCAGGCGAAGGCUUCCUCCCCAAAGACACCGCACUACACCACCGAGCAUGGGUCGUACGGCUGAUCAAACAGGCAGUUCAGCAAGCUGGCAUCAAGAUUGCAGACAUUGACUGUAUUUGCUACACCAAGGGACCAGGCAUGGGCGCGCCACUUCAGAGCGUUGCGCUCGCCGCGCGGACGAUCAGUCUGCUCUGGAAUAAGCCUAUGGUGGGAGUGAAUCACUGUGUUGGCCAUAUCGAGAUGGGCCGUUCAAUAACUCGCGCCAAUAACCCUGUCGUCCUGUACGUCUCUGGCGGCAAUACCCAAGUCAUUGCCUAUUCUGCGCAGCGAUAUCGAAUAUUCGGCGAAACCCUUGAUAUCGCGAUAGGCAAUUGCAUAGACCGCUUCGCGCGCACGCUCAUGAUACCGAACAAUCCAUUUCCGGGGUACAACGUUGAGCAGCUGGCGAAGAAGGGCAAGAAUCUUGUGGAUCUCCCGUAUGGUGUGAAGGGCAUGGAUGCAAGUUUCUCAGGAAUAUUGGCCGCUGCCGAUCUUCUGGCACGGGGCUUGGAUCCGACGCUGCCAGAUGAGAAGAGGCUCAAGACGGAGGAUGGAGAGCUGGUCACGAGGGAAGACAUGUGCUUUUCGCUGCAAGAGACCAUAUACGCCAUGUUGGUAGAGAUCACAGAGCGUGCUAUGGCCCAUGUUGGGUCACAACAGGUUCUGGUGGUAGGGGGAGUUGGAUCGAACGAGCGGCUACAACAGAUGAUGGGCAUGAUGGCACGAGAUCGAGGAGGCAGUGUCUUUGCUACAGACGAACGGUUUUGCAUUGACAACGGAAUCAUGAUUGCCCACGCAGGGUUGCUGGAGUACUCGACGGGGACUGUCACGGCACUGGAAGACACCACCUGUACACAGCGGUUCAGAACUGACGAGGUCUUCGUUGGAUGGAGAAAAGACUAA